AUGAUGCUGUACUACAAAAAUAUUCUCUUGCUCCUUGGCCCAGAAAUAAUAGUGACUCCGUUAGCAAUCAAAUACGCGACACAGUGGUAUGGCAGUGUGUUAGUGUUAUUAGCCGUUUUGAUAUCUUUUUUCACGGUCUAUCUCUUCUACCGAAUCAACCUCCAAGCGCAGUUUGACAGUAUUUAUGAAAUAGCCUGGCGGUUUGGUGGCAAUUCGUUGAGAACAUUUACGAAGGUGAUACAAAUGGUAUACAACAUCGUACAAAUUGCAGUAUACAUCACACUCAUUUCCGCAUUUUUGGAGUUUUUGCUGAAUAAUGCUCGAGGUGAUCAAGUCCACGGCGUCUGGUGGACAUCAAACGCAACACUCAAAGUUGGCAUUCACUUCGUCGUCUUUGUGUUUUCCGUGUUGUCGUCAUUCCCGUUGUUAACAAAGUUAUUAGUGCACUCUCGACUCAUGACGCUCUUCUGUUAUAUAGCGUUGCUGGUGUCUGCCGUGGGUCAUUUAAGUUAUUUCAAUACCAUGGAAGAACACGACGCGAUCAAAACGGAGUUAGCGCGGAAGUACUUUAGUGUCGGUGAUGGGGUUUCGAUAUUCCCCUUCUUCAUUUGCAUCUUUGCAACACACAACAAUCUGUCGCUGAUCUCUCCGUCGAUCGAUGCGUCGAAUAAAGUCAAAUUCUCUGCUUUAAUUAGUGCACUGUUCACUAUUGGGAUAUACGCAAUUAUAUAUGGCAAUGUCGUCUAUUCGACCUUAUACGGACAGACACACGCAAUCCCAAUGUUGUUCUACCCACCCGAGUUCUAUGACUCCAACAACGCCUUAUUCGCUAUCGACGCAAUCGUCGCCAGUUUGUUCAUCGCCGCUUUCAUUCUCGCAAUCCCAUCCCAAUUCACCUUUAUUCAUGAUAUGAUCGAUGAACAAUAUUUCUCCGAGUGGCAGCCCUCCGUGCUUCGCCACUCUAUUAUUUGCUUCAUUUUCACUUCAUUCUCUGGACUUUUAGCCUCUCUGUUUUGGAUGGAUGAUAUACUUAUUGAGUUCAAUGGCGUCUGUGGUGUUAUUCUUAUAUACUUCUUGCCCGGUGUUAUUUGUUUAGUGUAUGGCGAGAAAUCAAAGUGGCUCGUAGUCGGUAGUGUAAUAGUCAUACUACUUGGUGUCAUGUUUUUCGCUAUCGGGGUGGUUUAUUUCUUCCUCAGUUUAGUUCUUGAUGUCUCUGACACAAUAGCCUCAGCUUUUAAUUAA